AUGGCUGGCACGGCCCUCUCGGGCCUCCAGUCAGGCUCCAAAUCGCUGAGGGAGUUGGCUGACGAGCUGGACGACUACAUUGAGCGGGGCCCUCACAGACUCAACGUGCUCUGCUUCGUUGGGGGUGCUGCCAUUGUGCUCAACGGCAUCUUCAGCGUGCUAGAUGUGUUCAACGUCUUUGGCUCACCAGUCUACUACGUGGUUAACUUGUACAUGGUCUUCUUUGGUGCGGUCACCUGCGUCACAGAAGCUCGCCCUACCUUUGCUGCACAGCUGCACGACACCGUGCAAGGAGUGCAGAGGUGGAUGCACGAAUGGGCCAAGGGCCUGACGCUGAUCUGGGGACGAGGGCUGUUCUACAUCUUCCAAGGGACCUUUUGCGUCUUGUCCUCCAGCUUGUUGAGCUUGGGCAUACUCAUAGGCGCGUACAUGCUAGUGAUCGGCCUCGUGUGCCUCAAGGUGGGCUACAAGAGACACAUGGCGCCAGGCAGAUUCCUGCCGGAGUGGCCACCGCCCCCUCAGCUGCUUCUGCGCCAGGGUUCGGUGGUCGCGGCUGUGGGAGCGGUGCUGCUGCUUCUGUGGACGGCGCGCACCACGGGAGGUGAUGUACUUGAGGACGAGAGCCUCCGGUCCUGGGUGGCCAAGGAGCGGGAGGCCCGGCGGGCAAAGUUGCAAGACCUCUUGAAGCAGGUGCCCUUGCCCUGCCUGGUGAACUCCGUGCCGCGGCUGAAAGGGCUGCUUCAGACAUGCCAAGCAGAAGAAGAGGCCUCUAAGGCUGAGCCCUGUGAGCCCCUUGAAUGCCGAAUCACCUCGGAGUCCAUCGCCGAUGCUGCAGAAGAGCUUGCGAAAGCUCACUUCCAGGCGCUGGAAGCUUUAGAUGGCUUCGCGGUGUCCGCUGCCCUCACGGCCUGCGAGCUCCGCCGCAAGACAGCCGAAGCCAGGCUCGCGGUCACGGGCUCAGAAGCCCCAAACUCUGCAAAACCGCGAAUCUUGGACGCGGAGGCCGUAACGAAGGGAGAGGCAGAGUGCGAUCUGUUACAACGACGGGCUGGAGAGGCGCGGGACUUGGAAGAGACAAUCUCCAAGCGCUGUCCACAGAAACUGGCCUCUGCCAUCCAGAAACUCUACAGCAAGGAGUUGGCGGAUGCGGAAGCCAUGGUCCGGUUCCGUCACCUGGCGCAGUGGAAGUGCGUGGCCGGCCUCAUCUGGCGGUUCAAGACGACCUUGCCCUUCGUCGCGCUCUCGUCCUUGCUGUCCAUGGUCCUUGGUGCGUUUUCAGCCAUGCGCCUACACUACCAGGCCGGGGUGAUCAACUUGGCCAAGGACGCCGUGACCGGCGCCAAAACCGGCGGUCCUGCGUCCGCCAGCAUUGGGCAGACGGUGGGGGCCAUGGUGGUGAGUGAGCUGAUCAUACAGAUCGCCGAGUUCGCGCGUGGCCGUCUGAGCCUGCACGGGAAGUCCAAGGUGAUACAGGAGCUCAAGGUUGCACUGUUUGGCUCGCUCUUGCGACAAGACCUGGAGUACCUGGAGCAGUGUGACCUCUGGCAGCUGCGCUCCCUGAUUGGAAGUUGUGGCACCACCAUCUCCCAGGUGGUCGACUUUCCCGCGACAGCGGUGGAGGCCUCCGUCCGCCUGGCCACCGCCGUGCUGGCGCUCUCCCGCCAGAAUCGCGGCCUUGCUGCUUUCUUGAUGGUCAUGCUGCCCUUGAAGUUCCUGCUCAGCCAGCUGCUGCAGGGGUUGGAGGAGCGGUUGGAGAACCAGAGCUCCCUCCCUGACUUCAAGGGGCAGAUCAACGGCUGCUGGUCCUCGCUCGUGAGACCGCCCGCCCUCCGCACCAUGCGUGCAUUUGCCCGGGAGCCCAUGGAGUUGGCCACCUUCGCACGUUUUCUGGCCGUCCACGACCAGCUGCAGCAGCGGAAGAUGCUGGUCUUCCGCCUUCUGCAGCCGCUCCAGGCGCUGCUCGAGCAUGGCUUGGAGAUCAGCACGCUCUGGUACGGCGGCCGCCUGGCCCUGCGCGGCGAGAUGCAAUUUGGGGAGCUCUCAUCUGUGGUCCUCAUCGCGCAGAACGCCUUCGAUGGGGUCAGGUAUGCCCAGGCUGCCGCAUCCAAUGUGUCCGCCCACGCCUUGGGGCCUUUGGCCCAGAUGGCAGCCCUCCUGGGCCGGAGGCCCAGGGCAGCCUUGGAUGAGCCGAGCCUGAGCUCCAUGCCCGAGCCUUGCGAUGUUCGAUGGGCAGUUGAGUUUCGGAACGUUUCCUUCGAGUACCAGCAGCGUCAAGGUGCGAGCGUCCUCAGACACCUCUCCUUUUGCGUGAAGGAGGGCGAGUUCCUGGGCAUUUUAGGGGCGACGGGCUCGGGCAAGUCGACGAUUCUGUCCCUCCUCCUGCGACUCUAUGAGCCCAGCAGUGGGGAGAUUUUUCUGGGUGGCCGGGCGCUGCGAGACUACAACCCCCUGUGGCUACGCCGCCAUGUGGGCUUCGUGAGCCAGGAUCUUGUCCUGUGCCGCCGGACUGUCCGGGAGAAUCUCAUGUAUGGCUGCGUCUCCGUCGACAUGUCAGGGCAGGCGCAGAUGGAAGAGCCUCCGGAAGAAGUGGCCAAGGCCGCACUGCGAUCUGCGCAAUGCGAGGAGACCUUCUUCAACCAAUCGGCGUUCCCGAACCUUUGGCACACGGAUGUGGGGGAUGGAGGGAGCGACCUGAGCGGUGGGGAGAGGCAGAGGCUUGCCCUAGCAAGGGCCAUCGUCAAGCAGCCUCGCCUUCUCAUCUUGGACGAAGCGACCUCCGCGCUGGAUGAGAUAUCGCAAGCGAAGCUGCAAGAAGAAGUUGAGGUUCUUCGGAAAUCACAUCGCGUCACGGUCAUCUGCGUGGCUCAUCGGCUGUCUAACUUAGCGAAGGCGGACCGUCUCUUGGUGAUACAAAAUGGCCGGUUGGCAGAGGAAGGCUCUCCAUCGGACCUCCUGCAAAGGGAGAAUGGCAUCUUCGCUGAGUAUGCGCGGGCGCAUCAAGCAGUGCUUCAAGAUCCGCCAAGUUCCACCACAGCUGCGGCCACAUAA